AUGAAGGGUACACCGACAGUAUUAAAUUCAGUUAGACAAGCUUUAGCAUUGGCAAGAAUUGGUGUAAAUGCUGAUAAUAGAGGUGACUAUGCUGUAGCAAUUCAUAAUUAUAAAGAGGCCUCAAAUUUAUUAAACUCAUCAGAAGAUCUAUCAACAUUGAAUGAUGAGCACUAUAGAACAAUGAUGGAAAAAGCAAAGCAAUAUUUAGAUAGAGCAGAGAUGUUGGAAACUUUAAUGCAACAGCAAAAUGGUAAUGCACCAUUAAAAGAAAAUUUUGCAUUUGUAGAGGAGAUACCAACCCAAUCAUCUGGAUUUUUAGACCCAAUACCAGCAUUCCCAUCAUACAAACCAUUUUGGUUAAUGAGAGUACUCUCAAAGACCAUCAAGAGUGGAGCAUAUUUAACUCCACGUCUUUAUAUUCCAAAGUCAAUUUGGCAGCAAACCGGUUGUAAAUUUACAGCUGUCGAAACCAAAAUCAAAAGUUUAGAAGUUUUAUUAGAUUGUCUUCAAAAUUUAAAGAAACUACAUGCCGAUAACUCACCUUUACCAUUCGAUAAAAACAGUAUUGAAGCUGUUUCAAAAGAAACUGACUCAUUUUGCACUCAAUUAGAUGUCAUUCAAAAUGGUCUUCAUUUCCAUCUCUCUUUUAUUCCAGAAAUUAAAAUUGAAAAAGUAAAUGAAAAAGGUUGGGCAAAUAAAAUGAAAAAGUUUGGUAACUCAUUAGCUAAAGGAGCUGUUAGAUUAGCUCCCUCUUCAAAAUUAGAAGGUCAAGAUUAUAUAGGUUUAUUAAAUUCAGUUUUUGAAGAAAGUCAAUUUUUAGAAAGUUGGAUGAAUUGUUGUGAAAGUUUAGGACACAGUAAUUUAUCAAAUCGUCUUCGUCGUGUUGGAGAGUUCUUUUCUGUUGUAAUUUGCUCAUUUGUGAUGAAGGACUUUACAAUUUUAUUAGAAAGAUUUAUGAGAAAAAGUUUACAAAGUUUUAUGACCAUCAAUAAAUUUAAAUAA